AUGUUCCGAAACUCUUGUUUCUCAGUACUGGGGAUUCUAAUUGCGUUGACGAUCAAUACCUCGGGUAGUGGAGCCACGUCGCAAGACGACUGUCGCAAUGAGUGUUACAAAGAGGCCAAAACGAUGAUGUUACUGAGCAUUGAAGUUGGUUUUCCGUUGCGGGAUAUUUUGGAUGCACACAGCUUCUGCGUAGCACACUGCCUACAGAUCUAA